CAGCGGGCAUGCCCAGACCAGUACACCGUCCCUGAGACCGGGAUUCAGAUCUAUUCGCCUGGUUUAAGCUUGCCAGAAUGAACGGAACCACAGACAUAUGCCACCACUGCCGGAACACGAUCAGAGAAAAGGAAAAGGGAGUGAAGAUGUCAAGACACAUAUCAGCUGGACCAAGCUCAUUUAUUCCAGAAAAUGAGAUCAUAGAAGCCAUGCCUCUGAAUGACUUCUUAGACGAAGAGUUGAGCGGUCGUAUGUACAACCUGACGCAGGUGAUGGGGCUGCACCCGCAUUAUCUUCAAGCCUUCCUGCACUGUCACUAUUAUCUCUUGAGGAUGGACGGCCCACUACCACACCACUACAGGCAUUAUAUCGCUAUAAUGGCUGCAGCGCGGCAUCAGUGUUCCACGCUGGUCUGUCAGCAUGUGCAAGAGUUUGAGCAGUUUAACGUGUGUUCUGAUUGGUUGAGAGGUCUGGAGUUCUGCCCACAACGACUUCGCAACCUCAAUGAGAUUAACAAGAUCCUCGCGCAUAGACCUUGGCUUAUCACCAAGCAACACAUACAGGCUCUGGUGAAGACGGGAGAACACAGCUGGUCUCUGGCAGAGCUGGUUCAUGCUGUCGUACUGUUGGCACAUUUCCAUGCCUUGGCUAGUUUUGUGUUUGGUAGCGGUGUCAACCCUGACCCUGAGGUCAACGGGGUCACGGAUGACCUUUGCCCUCCAGCCAUGGAAGGUUUAUGCACCUGCCACCUUACAAACAGCAACCAAGCCAACAGAAACCCCGUGCGUAACCCUGACACUGGGAGUGAGCUGGAAAAUCUGAUGGAGAGAAUGAAGCGAUUGUUGGAGGAGAGAGAAGAUGAUGAUGCGUCAGAGGAAGAGAUGUUCACUCGCUUUGAAAAAGAAAAGAAAGAGAGUCUUCUAGUGGUGUCUGCAGGGUUUGAUGACGAAGUGGGGCCUCCUUCUCCCGUGGCUCGGUUUGUAGACGACCCGUCAUUUGGAUACCAAGACUUUGCGCGACACGGAGAAGACAACCCACCCACUUUUAAAGCACAAGACUACACAUGGGAGGAUCAUGGUUUCUCUCUGGUGAACCGGUUGUACUCUGACAUCGGUCACCUGCUGGAUGAUAAGUUCAGAACGGCAUGUGAUCUUACCUAUUACAACAUGGCCAGUCACGAGGGGGUGGACACCAGCAUGCUGCGCAGGGCUCUCUUCAACUACGUCCACUGUAUGUAUGGAAUAAGAUAUGAUGAUUAUGACUAUGGUGAGGUGAAUCAGUUGUUGGAGCGCAAUCUGAAGGUUUACAUCAAAACAGUGACGUGUUAUCCAGAGAGAACCACGCGCCGCAUGUACGAGAGCUACUGGCACCAGUUCAGACACUCCGAGAAGGUUCAUGUGAAUUUGCUUCUAAUGGAAGCUCGAAUGCAGGCAGAGCUGCUCUAUGCCUUGAGAGCCAUCACUCAUUAUAUGACCUGACCAAUCAGACUUUAGUUGAAUUGACCAAUCAGACCUCACCCACAAUAUAUAUGGACAUCAUUAUUAUACCUAAAUUCAACAAUUUCUUUUUAUUUUUUAUUGUGCGAAAUGUUAUUAGCAAAUACUUUGCAUAUUGAAUUCUUAUAAUUGUGUCCAAAAUUGUGUGUGCUUCUUCUUAGACUGUUCUGACUGAUAACUAAAUGAAGUACACUGAAUACAGAGUACAACUCUAAAUAUCAAAAUGGGAUUGAAUGGCAUGUUCAAAUAAAUCAAGAAUUGUGGGUGGGCAGUCAUGACUGAUCGAUCCGACGACAUCAUGACUUGACAAAUCACGUUAACGUGCAAUAUUAUCUCACUUAUACUGUAAGCUGAAAUACUGGAGGACUGAGUUCUCAUUUUGUUGAAACAGGAAGUUGUCUUUGUUUCUGAGAAGAGCUGUAUUUUGGAACAGACUACUGUUUUCGUAUUUGUGAUAUCAGUAGCAGAAUGUGAGACUUCUGUAUGGAGAGAAAAGUAUUUUCUAAAUCCCUGUGCCUUUUGUCUUUCUUGUACAUUGUUUAUUUCAUAUUGAAUGUAUCAGGGUUUUUUUUUUAAAUAUCAAUUUGGUUUGGUUUAGUCAUUUACCUGGAAGCUUUGUAGCAUUAUAACUGCACUAUCAGUCCUUUACUAUUUCCUUUGAGCCUCAGUGUUACACUUUAGAUAGCAACAUACAUUUUUUAUAUUUAUGUUGCUGCAAUAGCUCUACUAAUCACAUCUCAUAACUUUAUUUCAGUGUGAGUGCGUGUGAGAGCUUUAACAUGAAGCUGAAUGUCUGUCUGCACAGGACAAAGUAUUUGCACAUCUGUAGCGCAUCGCUUUCAUUGGUGUGCCUCUGUGAAAUAAACCCAUGCACAGGAGCAUGAGAGAGUUCAUGUGUGUGAGUGAUUGCCUGUAGGGAGCGUCUGGAAAUUAACUACUUUUGACACUAUUGAUGUGAUCAUUACUGUCCAUCAAACCAUUUCUCAAAGAUUUAUUCAUAUCGCUUUAAGAAUCAUUGCUUCAUAUUUGCACAACUCUAAUCAAGAUGCAGCAUCAGUGUCCUUUAAAAAGAGAUUAAGAUUGUUUCUGAAAUGAAUGGUAUAGUGAAAAGAUGAGAAGAAGAGACAAAGUUUUGCCCGGUCCAGUCUCACAGACAGUGCCUUAUUCAGGUUUAGAAAUGCAGGUUAGAUUUCAUUUAGCCGUAUGUAUACCAGAGAUUGUUUCAUAUGUAUCAAUGGAGAAAGUAAAUCUGUCUUCAUAGUGCCUUUUAAACUUAGUUGCAAGUGUUUUCAAAGUUUAUGCAGCAGAUUCAAUGGCAAACCUUUUUUUUAACACUAGGCAUAUGUGUCUUUUGCAUUUCCUACUUGUGUUUAUUCCGAUCAAGGUGAUGCUAUGAAGCUUUCAUGUUCUCCACGCAUUAUAAUUGUAUACAUUUCCAAAAUCCCCUUCACAGACCUGUACGUUUCAAUAAAGUUUCUAAA